AUGGUUGAAGUCAUCCCAUCGGGCCUCGCCCAGAACGGGCACAACCAACAGUCCCAGGACUCUGCCGACCACGUAGCCUCUGUUGCUCGCCUACUACUCGCGACCAACCUCGCGUCUCGUCAAGAGAACAAGAUGAUGAGCCGCGAGGAACGCCAGGCCAUGAUCGAUGAGCUGAGCAAGAAGCGUGCCGGCUGGCGCACUCCUCGUCGCGGCUGGUCCAUCACUGACUCUCCCGUUGCAUCGGCUCAGGGUAGUCCCGCGCCCAAUGCCUCCCCUUAUCCCGCCCCUCCUCCCACUAUCCAGCACGAAGCUGUUGAGAGACACGCCAUCGCUUCUGUCCCUGAGCAGUCCGAACUCCCCAUCGAACAGAUGAAGCACAUUUUUCAUGCCCCUCAAGUCCGCCGGCCGCCUCUCCCGCCCCCGCGUCGCUCUUAUUCAGUAACGGACUAUGAGCCCCCGGCCCGCAUCCACCGCCCCUCGGCGCGUAUGGAUAUUUUCGACCUUCCCGCCGAGCUGCACUUUGCCAUCUUCGACCACCUCGAUCCCAUUGACAGCACAUGCUUCGGCCUGACAAAUAGCCACUUCUACAACAUCCACCGUCGCAUGCAUGGCUCUGUGCCCUUGUCGUCCCGUCGCAACGGUCCCAACGAUCUCGAGUGGGCCUGGCGCUUCGCCGGCCCCCUCAUCUAUCACGACUCCGCAACGCCUCCUGCUGAGGCAUUUCAGGAGCACGCCCACGCUCUUGAGCGCAUGCGCGUCAAGGGUCAGGUUUACUGCCGCAAGUGUGGAAUCUCCCGCUGCGAGCUGCACCGUCACCUCCGCGAAUGGAUGGGGACCAAACUCGAGUACUGCUCUAUCACCCAGAAGUACGGUCCCAAGGCUCCCGAGGAGGCUGCCGAUACUUGUUAUAUCAAGUCGCCAAAGCACCCGCACCGCUGCGGCCGGCACGCCCCUAAGCCCGUGAAGUCGGAGAACUGA